AUGGAACUUCCAUUAUGUUUCAAACAGAAUCUGUGCAUUAUAGUUGCCAUUCUUGAUGGUGUUACUAUGGGUGGUGGAGGAGGUGUUUCCAUCCCUGGAACAUUUCACAUUGCAACUGAUAGAAUAGUUUUUUCAACUCUAGAAGUUCAUAUUGGAUUCCAUCCUGACGCUGCGGACUCCUUUUAUCUGUCACAUCUAACCGGUCAUGUUGGGGAAUACUUGGCCUUGAAUGGUGAGAAACCAAAUGGAGCAGAUAUAAUUGCACUUGGCCUUGCUACACAUUAUUCCAUUAGUAGCCAUGUUGAUCUUGUUGAUGAACGAGUUGCAAAAUUGGUAACUGAUGAUCCAUCAGUUAUUGAUUCUUCCCUUUCACGAUAUGGUGACAUGGUUUAUCCAGACAAAACAAGCAUUGUUAAGCUAUACAAUGACCAUGUGGAAAAUAAAAAAGAUUUCUACACUGAACAUUUGCCUCAUCGAGCACUUUACCAUGUCAUCACUAUUACCAUUGCGGUAGUUUUGCUAUUCUUGGAUCCAGGUAUGAAUAUUACUAUGGUUUCAGCUUGAACCCAGUGAAGACUUCCCCAUGUAAAAAUUAACACCAUGUGUCAAUGAAAUUUAAAUAAACAUAUGUUUGAAUGGAAUCAGCGGCAUUGCAUAUUUUGCUCAUUGAUUUACAAUUUUAUUACUUUCCUACUGAAACUUUUUUGGCCAUGUGUGAUAAUAACUCUUCUACUGUGAGCAAUUUCAUAUUGUUUCGUACUGCACAUCACCAGUAUGUAUGCACUUGUGUGUU